AAAUAAACAGAAAGUGAACAGUGUAUCAUUCUAAUGAUAAUUAUUUAAAAAAAGACAUAUUUUCAAAUCUAUUUGCAUCUGUUGUAUUAAGUGACAAAGAAUUGUUGAAAUAAAAUAAAUUGAAUGUAGAAUUGAAGUGUUUCCAGCGUGGCAUAUCAGUUUAUAGAAGAUGCAUCGAUCACGAAACACUCACAACCUGACAAAAUGCGCAAGCUACGAGGAGGGCAAACUCGCGAGACGCGCAAACAGAAGCAAGAGCGCCGAGAAGAGAACCUGAAAAUCCAACAGCAACUUAAAACCAUCGUCCUUCCCAUUUGCGGAGUUUUUGUUCUAUGCAUAGUAGCUUAUGUUUUCCUGAAAACGCGAACACGAUUUGAAGAAUUGUAAACGAAUUGUCAGAAUAUCCCUUUUGUCUUACACCCAGUUUUAAAUGGCACACUCCAACAUGUUUUUUAAGAAAAAAAACAUUUAUUUCAUGUUAUCAAGUUAUCAAGAUAUCAUGAACACCACAUUUAAAUAACUUGCGAAUAAAUAACGGUUCAAAUCAAAA